AUGUCUCAAGUUAAAAGAUCAGCUGAGGACAUCGCUGUAGCUAAAUUCAUCAAGAAACAUAAGAAACAAAUCAAGAACCCUGUCGAAGAUGGUGUUUCCAAUUGCAUAACCCGUGUUCCUAUUACACUAUACCUAUCCUUGGCUCCAAUAUAUUUACAGAACCCUGAACAAGGUAUCAUGAAACAACAUCUAAAUCCAAUGGUCAUGAAAUACAAUAAUAAAGUCAACGGUAUAAUUUUAGGAUACGAUAACCUUGAAAUAGUGGACGCUAAUCCACUUGCAGAGGAAUCAUCCAGCACGACCAAACUUUUGAAAAUUACUCCUGAUACACCAUAUUCUUUCACCUGGUGUACAGUUGAACUUUUUGUCUGGCAACCACAAGUUGGCGAUAUCCUUGAAGGUUAUGUAUUCAUCCAAUCCGCCUCUCAUAUUGGUUUAUUAAUCCAUGAUGCCUUCAAUGCUAGUAUCAAGAAGAACAAUAUACCAUCUGAUUGGACUUUUAUUCGUAAUGAAGAACAAGUCACCGAGGAUACUGAAAAUCAAGAUGAAUCAAAUACUGAAAAUCAACCAAAGGUACAUAAACCUCAUUCUAUGGGUUACUGGGUCGAUGCAAAUGGUGAACAAAUUGAUGGUAAAUUACAAUUUACUGUAAGGAAUAUAUUCACUACAGGUAGAGUUGUAUCUGUGGAGGGUACUCUUCUGGAGGACAGUUUUAUGGAAAACAAUGCCCAUCGUUCUCAAGUUGCUAAUUUACCAGUUGUAUCAAACAAAAAGAUCGUUUUCGAUGAAGAAGUUGAAUCUGAAAACAAAGAAAGUCACAAAGAGUUAGAGUUGCCGGAAGUCAAAGAAAAUGAUGGUUCUGAGAUUGUUUAUGAAGAAAAUACAAGUUCUAGUGACGAUAGCAGUGACAGUGAUAGCGAUUGA